UUUCGAGUGUGAUCAAGUUUUGAAAUUAUUGCAUGCUUCACAAAUCAUUGGUGAAAUUUCACCAAGGACUUUAGACUCAAUCAUGUCUGCUGGUGAGAAAUUAAGUUGUUUGUUCAUGGCUGCAUUAUUUAACGAUCGCGGUAUUAAAGCUAAAUAUAUUGAUCUUUCAUUAGUUAUUGCCCCAGGUUUGGAUUUAUCUAGAACUGGAUUUGAUGAUGCUUUCUAUAAAAACUUGACAGAAUUAUUCACUGAAAAAGUUCAAGAACUUCAAAAUCAAGAUGUUGUUCCUGUGUUGACUGGUUAUUUUGGUAUAGUACCAGGUGGGUUAUUGAAUGGUGUUGGUAGAGGUUACACUGAUCUUUGCGCCGCUUUGAUUGCAGUUGGUGUCAAUGCCGAUGAAUUACAAGUUUGGAAGGAAGUUGAUGGUAUAUUUACUGCUGAUCCACGUAAAGUUCCAAAUGCUAGAUUGUUGGCAUCAGUUACACCUGAAGAAGCUGCAGAAUUAACAUAUUAUGGUUCUGAAGUUAUUCAUCCAUUCACCAUGGAACAAGUUAUUAAGGCUAAAAUCCCAAUUAGAAUUAAAAAUGUUGAAAACCCAACUGGUGAAGGUACUAUUAUUUAUCCAGAUGAUGUUAGUAGAAAAGGUGAAGCUACACCACCACAUCCACCAAUUAGUGUUUCAAAAUUACCAAACAGUGUCUUCCAAAAGAAGAAAGCAGCUACUGCAAUCACUACAAAACAUGAUAUUAUAGUAUUGAAUGUUCAUUCAAAUAAGAAAACAUUAUCUCAUGGGUUCUUGGCUUUGAUCUUUUCCACUCUAGACAAGUAUAAAUUAGUUGUUGAUUUGAUUUCAACUUCAGAAGUGCAUGUUUCCAUGGCCCUACAACAUUCAGAUGAUGAAAAUGCAUCAAGAGAUUUGAAAGAGGCAGUUUUAGAAUUGAGAAAAUUAGGUACAGUUGAUGUUACUAAAAAUAUGGCUAUUGUGUCAUUAGUUGGUAAACAAAUGAAACAAUUCAUUGGUGUUGCCUCCACUAUGUUUUCCACAUUAGCUGAACAAAAUAUAAAUAUAGAGAUGAUCUCUCAAGGUGCUAAUGAAAUUAAUAUUAGUGCAGUUAUUGAUGAGAAAAAUGCUAUAAAGGCUUUACAAUCAAUUCAUCAAAAGCUUUUAGAACAACAUCAACAACCAAUCUUGAAUGAAAGAAUUUCACAAUUGAAGUUAGAAGAAUAAUCCUACAUAUUAAUAUAACAUAACGGAACUUAAUGAUAAAAGC